AUGUCCUCGCCACCACCGUCGAUAACCGUGCUCUACUUCGCGGCCGCGUCGACAGAGACGGGCCUGACCGAAGAAGAGGUCCCGCUUCCGAUGGCUGGAGAUGCGGCAAACGCGGCGUUCCCACUGAAGGACCUCGCCGCCCUGUUGGCCGCGCGGCACCCGGACACGAAGCUGGGCAGGGUGUUGGAGGGCAGCCAGUGGGCGGUCAACGAGGACAUGGUGGACGAUCCGGGGAGCGUCACGCUCCGCGGCGGGGAGGAGGUCGCGGUGAUCUGUCCGGUGUCUGGCGGGUGA